GUGCUGAACCAUUUGUGCGUCAAGACGUGUUGCUCUUUAGCUUCUGAAGAAAUUGAAAAUCUCAUUUUCUUUUUCGUAAAAUAUCGCAGUGAAAUCCGAGUACUCUGAAAUAAUAUUUCGAAAAGAAUUCGUCGAUUUUAUCAAGCUGGAUAAGUCGUCCGUUAUCGUUCAUACAUUGUCACAGGCUUCGUGAUUCCACGAGCAGUGUUCUUCUUCAAUGGGCCAACAAUAAACAACUGGCAAGGCGAAUCAAUCCAAACGCUUGCAAACCAAGAACGUUCAUACUAGAUUUUAAUCAACAUCGCAUUUCGUACCACAUUCAUACGCAUACAUCGCGAGGUUGAAGCCAAGUCAACACAAUGAGCCAACAAAACGCCAAUGAACAAAACCAAAUGGAAGUCGUCGAACCAAAACCAAACCAAAAUCAAGUGGAUGUGGCCGGCGCAAUCGCACCAAAUGGCGAACCUCAACCGGAGGUCUUUAAAUUAGACACCGAUUGCUGGGACGAUGUGUUUGACUGUCUGUCGCUGAAAGACGUGCAUUCGUUUGGCCAAACGUGCAAGGCAUUCCAACGAGUCACCGGUGCGUAUUUCCAGUGGAAAUAUGAGGCUGUUUCUGUUCGCUGUUUUAGAAAUGAAGCUUAUAUUGGUAACGAUCGUGUCGAUGGAUUCAUCAAAUUUGCCAAGAAAGUUCAAUUUUAUCGCACACUCCCUUACGCUGGAUCAGACUUCGAGUCAGUCAAGCAAAUCUCUUUUAUCCACGUUGAUUUACAUAAAUGGGACAUAAAUUCGAUGAAUGUAUUGAGCAAAGUGGAACGCCUUGAAUUACAGGAUUGCAAAUUCGAUGGAAAUAUUCUUGGAGCACUUAUUGAAUCCUGCGUAAAUUUAAAACGACUAGAAUUUUGGGCCAUAGCUUCGUUUAAUUGGUCACUUCAAAAUCACCCGACACUUCAACACUUGGCAUUGAAUGGGCAUAUCACAUUUCGGAACGACCAAUUGAAGGAUUCUCUUGAGAACAACCCAAAUAUUCGAAGCCUUCAAAUCACUGCGAAACUUCUUUGGGAAACACGUGACUCGAUUCUCAAUUCCGACGUUGAGUUGGAUGAUUUGGCCAUCGUUUUGAGCGAUAAUUCCAACGAUGAUAUCCUUAGUCUUUUGACCGAUCUUCAUGGACGAGGUUUCUACAGAAGAUUGCAUUUGAGAUCAUAUAGAGUUCCACCAGUUGAUCGAUUGCUAUCGCUGCAAGGACUAGUUGCACUGUAUUUUUCACCGAUUUUUUUCCGCGGGGAAAAGAUCGAGCUGCCACCACUGGUCAACAUAAGAGAACUUGGCUUCUACGUGCAUUGGGGUACAUCGCGCAAUAACGGUGUCAACACAAUUGCACUGGCGAGCCGUUUGAUGAAUCUGGAGCGACUGUUCAUCGCCAGACCGAAUUUCGAGGAUCUCUUGCCGUUCAUUCGUCGUUCAAUCAAUUUGAAAUACGUAGAAAUUUACCUAUUUAAGGGAAAAGUUCUUGAAAUUUAUGCGUUGAACAAGGAACGCAAAAAGGUGGAGGGAGCGCGCAAAGUGACAAUUUACGUCGACGAAGAUGUUUAUUUGGCUACAAAAAGUGCGAAAGCAGAAACAUUGCUCGGCUUGAUUGAAAUCAAACGCAAGGAAUCACACUAUAUUGUUCGCCCGCACAAUUUUUGGAGACCCUUCAGACCGAUAUACUUUUAGAAGAAAAAUUGAAACACAUAUUCUAAAAUUAUUUUUUAUUCAUUUCACAAUGUGAAUUAUUAGUAGGUUAUGAUUAACAUUAUUCUAAAAUGAAAUAAAAUUCACAAAAAAAAA